ACCUCUCACUUUCAAACCUUCUCUCUCUCUCUCUCUCUCUCUCUGAUGGCAUCCCGAUUCUCCUGACCCGACCCGAACCCCCGUCACAUGGACAUUCCCAAUCCGACUCGCCAUCGCCCCAACAAACCCUCUCCCUCGGAACGCUUCCUCGGCGCGUACUGCCACGCUCCUCCCCCAACCACUUCCAACCCUAACUCCUCCCCCGACCUCGCCGACGAGCUCACCGAGGACGAUAUCUUGUGGACCACCGACUUCGCCGUCGAGCCCAAUCACCACCACCACCACAACAACCACUCCACCCCUCCCUCCUCCGCUUCCUCAACCCCUCGCCGCCACCACAAGGGAUUCUCCCAGCCGGAGAGCUUCGGAAUCCUCGCCGCUCUCCCGGACCGCGGCGACGCCUCCUCCCCCAACCACCGGAGCCACUCGCACUUCUUCCACAAGGCCUCCGCCUCUUCGCCGUCGUACGCGCAGAUGAUACCUUCCAUUCCGAAGCCGCCGCCGCUGCAGGACCACCACCACCACCGCUCCUCGUUUUCCUCGUCGUUCAAGUACCAGUCGGCGCCGGUGAACAUACCGGUUCUGAUGAGGAAGAAGUACGAAUUGGAGGCCGUCGCCGACGAGGAGGAGGACGACGGCGAGAUGCUGCCGCCGCACGAGAUUGUGGCCCGGAGCUCCGCUCACUCGCCGGCGGUGGCGUAUUCGGUUCUUGAAGGCGUGGGCAGGACCUUGAAGGGUAGAGAUCUCCGGCGGGUUCGCAAUGCCGUGUGGCGACGAACAGGUUUUCUCGAUUGAUUUUAGAACAUUCUCUUCGGCUUUUUCCUCUUUUUUUAUUGGGAAAAGAAUUCAGAGUUUGUUUUGAUUUAAGAGUAGUCAAUAUUUUUUAAGUGGUCGAUUAUCCCCAGUAAUGCUUAGGGAGACUUUAGUUUAUAUUGGGGAAAGAAUAGUUGAUCUUGAGUUAGCAAUUUUUGGUUUUUCGCUUCAUUUCUUGUGUUAGCUAUUGUGUAUUUGUGUUUGUUAGUCAUUUGAUCAAACAUCGAAUGAAUGCAAUAAGAUUGGUUUGCCAGGUUAAAUUGUUUUCGAUUAUGAACUGAAAUUAUUUGCUCGACUUAAGUUUCUUUGGACUGAUUUACUGGUAUCUUUAUUCGCAUUUCCAGUACACCAGUCAGUGUUAAUGAUCAAAUGGUAGUAUUUAUUGUCAAAAGGAUAAAAGAAGUUAGUACUAUUUAUUUUCUAGUGGGAUCUUUGCUUUUUACGUGAGGCACCUUGGGGUGUUUGAUAUAUGCAGCAUUUUGCUUUAUGAGA